UAUCAUCCUACUGCGAUGUCCACAUUUGUAAAAAGGAGUCGAAACGCAAAAAUUUGACGUAAUCAAUAUUUGUAGAUAAAACUUUUAGUAUAAAUGCAUCGUUGCGUGAAUGAAUACUAUUAUAACUACAUAUAAGCAUCCAAACACGUAAGAGAAAAAAAAUGUAGUAAAUAUUUUUGCGAUUUAAAUUUAAUAUUUAUUUUUAGUCACUCAGUUGCCUAUAAAAAAGCCUUUCAUUCAAUUGUAUUUUGUUCCGCUCUAUUUCAGUGGUUGUGUGAGAGUAAACGAAUAGUACAACGAGUGGCUUAGCAUAGAAAAGAGUGUUAGGCAAGGAUGUGUAGCGUCACCGUGGCUGUUUUAUCUACUCAUGGACAGUAGUUUGCAUUGCAUCAUUUGAGAAAUGAUGAAUGUGGGUUGAGAAUGAGUGCAUGGGUUACUUGUCAGAUGUCUUCUUUAGAUGACCUGGUAUUGCUAGCAUGAUCGGGUGAAGAGUUGCAGGAGAUGGUAACUAGAAUACAUGGGUCUUUUGAAAGGAAAGGAAUGAAAUAAAUGUAAGCAAGACGAAAGUAAUGGUAUUUGGAAACUGUGAAUUUUUUUAUUGGUCAAGAAAGAGUGGAACAAGUGAAAUAGCUUGUGUACCUGGGAACUUUGUUUACUAGAGACGGUAAGCAUGAUAAAGAUAUUAAAAGGGAGUAAAUGCUGGAAAUUAAUGGUGUCGUGUGGAUGGGGCACUUAACGCUUUUAUGAGCAGCCAGAAGGUGUCACAAAAACACGGUUGUCUGUGCAUAGAGGCGUGUUGGUGCCCGCACUUAUGUAUGGUAGCGAAAGUUAGGUAUAGCAGAAGAGGCAUCAGACCCAUGUGGAUGCAGUGGAAACGAGAGCGUUGAGAAGUGGGUCUCUAUUGGUUCCCAUAAAUUUUUAGUUCCGAUUUUCUCAGUCCAUAACGUUUUCUACCAUAAUUUUUAUUAGUCAUAUUGUUAAUAGUCAUAAAAUUAAACGACAUAAAUUGUAGAUCCGAUUUUUGCAGGUCAUCAUUAUUGUUAGUCAUAAUAUUUGUCGGUCAUAAUAUUCAAAGCUCAGAUUCUAUAUCAUUACAUAAUGUAGAAGGUAAUAAACUUGUUUAUAAUAAUUGUCGUAAGGUCUAUUUUCGCAAGGUAUAAUGAUCGAUAUUCACUUGAUUAGUUACUAAUACAAUUCAAUGUUCUGGUGUUGCCAGACUUCAUAAUGUCGCAUUCAAUAAAAAACACUCGUAAUAAUUAUAAUUUAUAAGAUUUUUUGCUCUGAGGGACACAAGGUAACUAACGAACCUACCUGGGGAAUGGGGAAACAUGAUUUUUUGUUUGGCUUACUGACUUUACCUCCGUUUCCUAUAUUUCAUGUAACUUAUUAAUCCAUUUCGUGCCGCCAACGAGUCGACGGAGCCCCGCUUCGCGGGACUCCUAUUUUCGCUCUGAGGGACACAAGGUAACUAACGAACCUACCUGAGGAAACAUGAUUUUUUGUUUGGCUUACUGACUUUACCUCCGUUUCCUAUAUUUCAUGUAACUUAUUAAUCCAUUUCGUGCCGCCAACGAGUUAACGGAGCCCCGCUUCGUGGGACUCCUGUUUUCGCUCUGAGGGACACAAGGUAACUAACGAACCUACCUGACGAAACAGGUUUUUGUUUUGUUUGGCUUACUGACUUUUGCGCCGUUUCCUAUUUUUCGUGUAGAUUAUUAAUCCAUUUCGUGCCGCCAACGAGUUGACGGAGCCCCGCUUCGCGGGACUCCUGUUUUCGCUCUGAGGGACACAAGGUAACUAACGAACCUACCUGGGGAAAAGGUUUUUUUUGUUUGGCUUACUGACUACUAUGCCGUUUCCUAAAUUUCAUGUAAUGUAGCUUACUGAUGCAUUUUGUGCCGCUAACGAGUCGAGGAAACCUCGCUUCACGGGACUCCUAUUUUCACUCUGAGGAACACAAAGUAACUAACGAACCUAUCUAGAUACAUAAGUUUCUUUUAUUCUUAUUUUACAGCAUAAUUUUAACAAGACAUUAUCGAAAGGCAUAAUUAUAAAAAGAAGCACCUUCAAAAGUAUGUCUUUAAACUUUUCUGAGUAAAUAUAUGUAUGUGCAUAAAGUGGUAUAGAUAUGAUUUCUUAGACGUAAUUCACUUUAGUAAUGAAAACUAUAUGAAUAAUAACCAUUAGUCCGUUAAAAUGUAUACCUUAAAAUAUUUCUGAAUAAUAAUGCAUAGGCCUUAGAAUGUUAUACUAAUCAAUUUUAUAACUUUUGCGAUUAUAGUAUAAAUGGAAAUCCGUGGUCUCUGCCUACACCUCCGGGAAAUAGGCGUGAUUGUAUGUAUUGUAUGCGUCUAUGUAUAUUGAAUUUUUAUUAGCUUUAUUUGUUUUGGCAAGUUUUGAUUCCUCAUGGUUGGCUAUUAUAAUAUUGGAAUAUUAAAGGGAAAAAGUUGGCUGACUACUGGGUAGAUUAUUCGUCAUCUGAAGGUGCAUGGUUAAAUUAGUCGGGCAGGUGCGUUUACGCUUGUAGUAACCCUACUGAAUAAACAGAAUGACCCUUUAACUUAAAACUUACGUAACGUUGCUCUGUACCCACAGUCCUACAAAAAGCAUUAGCCGCACAGUAAAAAUAACAAUUUUUGUUUUUAUUUUCGUUGAAAUGGAGUUAGGUUUAGCUGUAAUUCCACGAAGCCUAUCGAGAAGAAUACAAUGAAAAUAUUAUUUCCUUCGCAUUUGGAUACCUACCGUUCCUCAUUCACUGUAAAAAAUACCCGGCAAAACACACAGAAACUAUAAUUAUAGCGGAUGGAAUAGAUUUUUUCGAGUAAUAAAAAAUAUUCGAAUAUGAAAAUAGGUCGAAUAUUAGAAAAUUCGAAUAAUCGAAUUGCAAGCCCUAGGCGUAGGUUAGUGUGAUGGACGACGCGUAGUACGCUGCAUUGUCCGCGAAUGGGUUAAUUCGCGGACGAUGCCGUUUACCGCCGGGAUGUUAUCGGUGUACCAAGCGUAAGAAGAUGAAAGACUCCCGCGAGGAUCGGGCGUGCUGAAUAUGUAUACGGCAUCGUCAACUGCCACUUGAAAGCGUCGGUUGGGGAGGAAGGAGCUAACGACGUGUACGACUCGACGUGGGCCGAUACGUUGUGGCAGCUUGGCUUGCAGGCCCCUAAUGCCAGACCUUGUCGAACGCGUUCUUUAUGUCGAGGAACACUGCGAUGACAUACUUCUUCAGGUUUAUCCUCUCAACCAUGUAGGAGGAGAGGACUACUCAGCUAGCAGUAGCAGCAGCUCAGCAUUUAAUUUUUAUUCAAUUUGAAUUGCUUACAUGUAUGUACAUAUGUCAGGUCUCAGGUAACAAUAAAGUCGUCUCAAUACAUGAUACCCAUAUCGGGUGUGGCAAUGACAGAUAUUUAUGUUAAAUAUGCUGCAUCUACUCGUAUAUCUCAGAACUGAACUGUCGGCUGAUAUCUCUAGAGCAAAUAGAGCUCCACUUGAACGAGUGCGUCGAUUCAAAGAUCGAUAUGAUUUAGAAAGGUAACAGAUUAUUAUCUGUUUAUCUCUUCUUUAUCUGCAAAAUGUUGCCCAAUUCGAUCUCGAACGGCUUGGUGGUGCACUUUAAAUUUUAAUAGCUUCAGUAUAGAUGUAUGAGCCUUGUAUAUUCCAGAGUGUAGAGUAAAAUAUAAAACAAUGCAUUGUUUAAACUUAAAGGACCGGAUGAAUUGGGAGGCCAUACGAGCGCACUUGUGCACUUUGGCAGUGGCAGUCAGCUUUAACAGUACAUGGAGAGUUCCCCGCGAGGCGUACCGAUACGGCGGGAUGUCUUACUUAUUGGUGUUGAGCAUUGCCAUGGUGAUUUUUGCUCUCCCGGCUACGCUAAUGCAGCUGACUAUAGGACAACUUAGUCAACAAGACGCAGUUGGAGUUUGGAGAGCUGUGCCUUUCUUUAAAGGUGUUGGCUACAUGAGAUUACUCAUUUCAUACAUUGCAAGCAUAUACUCAAUAAUAUAUGUUGCUUUUUCGGUACUGAUCUACCUUUUCUUUACUGUAAAUAGAUCUAUUAUCAUGUGGGAAUGCAUUGAGCCUAUUGUAACAGAAGAAGACAAAUAUGAAUCCAGUAAAAUAACAUGCUUGAAUUCCACUUUUUUGGCGCCGCUUGCGGAGCAACCUGAAUAUUACUUGGCGUUGUCUAUGUUGACCAUAGUUUUAUGGAUUAUUUUUCCUUUUAUAUUUUACAAUCCCAUAAAAUUAAUGAAACGGAUUUUAUAUGGUUUAGGACCGUUAGUAUUGAUACUCAUGGUUGUGAUUGCAAGUUGUAUUGGGAGCAGGAGCAAUUUAGCAAUGUUUCAAAGGCAACAUGACUGGCUUCAUUAUUUGGAGUCCAAAAUAUGGUACAGCGCCGUUAUUCAGGCUCUUUUGUCGUCACAAACGGCUGGCGGUUUCCUUAUAUCGUCCGGCACCGUGAUAUAUUCUAAUGGCGACGUUCAGCGAACGACGUGGUCACUGGUCGGAGCGAAUGUGGUAUGUAGCUGGCUCGGCGCAGUAUUCUGGUUUAGCGUAGCGGGUGGCGGCGAGGACCGCGAUGAGACCGCACUGGCCGUGCUCGUGCAGAUGUACAGAGCCGCGGAGUAUCACAGCCUAAACAUAAUUUGGCCAAUACUUGUAUACGCAUUGUUAAUCUUCUCGGGAAUCAUUUCAAUGCUAGUACAACUAUUUCCCCUGUACGACCACUGCCGGCGAGUGGGCGGGCAAGGGUGGCGGUUGAUAUCGUUCACGGGCUCGUUUUUCGGCGCGGCGGCAGCGCUGGGAGUGUUGGUAGGAGGGCUACCCGCUUUAUCAGUGCUAGAAGACACUGCUGUUCCUCUUCUCAUUUGCAUAGCAACUGUUUUAGAGAUUUUGGCUUUCAUAUUAAUUUACGGCUGGAAGCCAUUGGUGGAGGACGUGGAGUUUUUAACAGGACGGGCAUUAGUGAAACCGUGGGUGUUUGGCUGGUUCGCCGCGCCUGCUGCCCUGUUGCCGGUCACUGUGUGGUGGCUGGUGGCCAUAUUUCUCGGUGACGAACAAUGGACGGAAGCCCCGUGGCAAGCUAUCACUAUUCUGGUUACAGCAUCAGUGACUUCAUCACUAUUCUUCGCAUUAGCAGCAGCGUCUGUUGCUAAACAAGUUCAAUACGAUUUAUUAGGGAAAAUUAAGUCCUCCUUCAAACCCUCAAGACACUGGGGUCCUCGUGAUCCAAUUACAUAUUAUUAUUGGAUGGCUCGACGCCAGCAGAGCCAAACUGGCGCAAGAGAUACCUUCACGCCCACAUACACAAGGCGACAAUUGGGACAGUUCACGGGAGGAGCCAGUAUUUUCGACAUUUCUCAGCCAAAGAAGAAUCUUGAGGAAAGUAGUUAGCUGAAAUUGAAAAGUGGUACUUAUGGACUAAAUAGGAACGUAACCUAGUUCCUACGCUUGCAUCCUGCGUUUCGUUGGCACGAGGUAUGAUACUAAGUCACUCAAACGAAGUAGUUACAUAUUUACGAUGCUAUUAGCGUAAACCUUUUGUAUACUCAUAUAACCAUGUAUCAAAGCCGGAUGGAGUAUGAAUUUAAGUUAGAGUCUGUUCGGAAAGAGAAGAGUCGUGGAAUGUAUUGGGCCCCAUACAUUUUACGACUGUUCUCUUUCCGUAUAGACUCUAUAUAGGUACAUUUACGACAUUGUCAUGUAAAAAAAAUCUUAAUAUAAAUAAAUAAAAUCGUUUAAUUCGUAUAAUAUUCAGAAAGUGUAAUAAUGAACGUGAAGUGGUGUCUUAAAAUCUUAAAUUAUUUAUUGUAGUUAGGUAAAGUAAGGCUUAGGUAUACUGAAUGAGUACGUGACUUAAGCUUGUUCAGUGACCUUCCUUGGCGCAAGUAGAUGAGCCCGAGCUGUUUGCGACGACUGUCCAUUCUGGGCGUUUGAUGAGUCCAUUACUUAUUCCCGUCACGCUGGUAUGGCGUCACAUUAUAAGAGUUCAUAAGGAAAAAUGUGUGUUAGUUUACUUUGAGUUAAGUAUUGUUGUUUUCGACAUAACUUAUCUAUAAAUAAUGUAAUUAUUUUGUAACUACCGGAUGUCUUUAUAAAAGUAACAUGAAAAGCGUAUUAAAAACAAAAAGUCUUUUGAUUCAUUAUUUUUUCCUUCGUAUUUAUAAUCUUAGUGGAAUAUAUAGCUGAAAUCGUAAGAAGAAAACUCUUUUGCAUUCUUCCUCAUCCUAGCUAUGUAAUUAUUUGACACAUCAUGAAAAUUAUAUUAGCGAAAUAGGUACAUAAUUUACCGGGUGGGCCCUGUAACACAAGCAUAUAAUUGAAACAUAUUGUUCUCCUCAAACGAUAAAACUUUUGUUAAAAUUAGAUUUUUUCUUGCUUGCGUUGUUUGUCGCGCUUUAAACACAAAACUUUAAUUGUGUGCUUAAAAUCAAAAUACGAGUCAUUUUUAAAAGUUGGUCAGUUUGAGGAGUACAGCUCACAAUUUAACUUAUUGUUACCGGGCCCACCCGGUAUAUUUAAACUAGUUGUCAAUAAAAUAAAUAGGAUGUGCAUUUUAAUUUAGGGCUAGUGCACGAAAAGUGCGUCCAGAAGUAGCCGAUAAAACCUCGCGAGAUUUGUGUAAGUAUGCGUUUUGAAAGGUUUUACUGAUCGAUGGAUUGAUAGAUUAUUCCAUAUUCAUGACAAUAAUUUAUUGAAUUCAAAGAAAGUAACAAAAGGUAACGUGGCUACCAUAUGACGUUAUCAUAUUUCCACUUUUAUGAGUGACCUUUCAGAAUUUACAAAACGACAUUAAUUAGGAUGAAUUAGAUCACUCUCAUUUCAAUUCUGUCUAUCGGAUGAAUUAGUCCGCCUGAUGUGCUGAUUACAAUUAUAUUCACGGCAUUUCAUAUUUUCGUAAUAUGUUAAAUUCGAAAUCCAUGUCGGAAAAAAUAUGUACUUAGUGUUUAAAAAAUGUUUUAAAUAUUUUCUGCAUUAAUUUUGGAAUUCGUUUUUGGCAAAGAUUUAUUUUUAGUACGAGUACAAGUUAUCGCUGACUAUACUUUUCUUUCCACAGGCAACUAAUAAUUAUCGAGAAAAUUCUAACAAUCGCAAACACACUUAGUUUGCAUUUUCCAUGGCAACCGCCUGUCUCCACCAUCAGACCAGCUCCAUGUCAUCAUAAUAUCGCAUUGUCAUCCGAUUUAAUGAAAAGUAUAAUCUAGCUGUAACACGAGGUGCUAUAAUAUUGUGGUCGUCGCAAGACGCAAGAAGAUGUAUUGUUCAAUGCUGUAUUAGUUCGAAAUAGCGGAUUCGUAUUCCAAAAUAUAAUGCGUCAGAUAAUAUCACAGGUCAUGUAGGAUGAAGAAGUUGAAGAAAAGUUGCGGCGAACUACACCUACUGAUGUCACUAAAAUAGAGAAUUAAUAAUGCAUUUAUUUUAUUUGUAGUUAUUCUGUGGUUGAC